GCUUGAGGCAGAAGUGGAGGCGUUGCCCGAAGCUGCGGGUUGCGCUGGGACUUGGAAUGCUUUUUUCUUUCUGGCCGGCUAGCGACCCGGAAGUUUCCCUAGUUGUCGCGUCAUGUGCGGCGCCGGCGCAGAGGGAGGCGGGGACGCUUCGAGGCAAGGGUGGCCGGCUGAGCUGAGACAGACUUCGGGGGCGCUCUCGGAAGUUCCCGGCUCGCAAUGGCGCCCCCCACAGCCUAGGAGCCCGCGCGCGCGCGCGCAGAGACGCAGAGUGUCCUUCGGCCGUGCGGCCCAGAGAGCGCCGGGCGCUUGGGCCACGAUGGCGCCCCUCCCCAAGCUGUCCUGCCGGGGUGAGAGCGGUCGCCGCGCGGGGACCAGUGCCGUGGCGAGCCGAGCGGGCGGUGGGGGCGACGGGCCGGGCAGCGCUUAGCAGCCCCUCUCUGCCCAGGGUUUAGAGCAAGUAUAUCAGUGCCUUCAAAUCUUAAAAAUGAAGAAAAAUAUUCCACUUCUGUGUGCUUCAAGGCGGUCUUCAACAUCCACCGUACCUCGAAUUACGACCCACUACACCGUGUACCCCCGGGAUAAGGACCUGCGAUGGGAAGGAGUGAGCAUGGAGAGGUUUGCAGAAGAGGCGGAUGUGGUGAUCGUGGGCGCGGGCCCUGCGGGGCUCUCUGCCGCCGUACGGCUGAAACAGUUGGCUGCGGAGCACGGCAAGGACAUCCGAGUGUGUCUGGUGGAGAAAGCCGCUCAGAUCGGAGCACACACACUCUCGGGAGCCUGCCUGGACCCCGGGGCUUUCCAGGAGCUCUUUCCAGACUGGAAGGAGAAGGGGGCUCCACUUAACACCCCUGUAACAGAAGACAGAUUUGGAAUUUUGACAGAGAAAUACAGAAUUCCUGUGCCAAUUCUUCCAGGUCUCCCGAUGAACAAUCAUGGCAACUACAUUGUGCGCCUGGGACACCUGGUGAGCUGGAUGGGUGUGCAGGCCGAGGCCCUCGGCGUGGAGGUCUACCCUGGCUACGCCGCCGCCGAGGUCCUGUACCAUGAAGAUGGUAGUGUAAAAGGAAUUGCCACUAAUGACGUAGGAAUACAGAAAGAUGGUGCCCCGAAGGCUACAUUCGAGAGGGGGCUGGAGCUGCACGCCAAGGUCACGGUCUUUGCGGAGGGUUGCCACGGACACCUGGCCAAGCAGCUCUACAGGAAGUUUGAUUUGCGGGUGGACUGCCAACCCCAGACCUACGGGAUUGGGCUGAAGGAGCUGUGGCUCAUUGAUGAGAAGAAGUGGCAGCCGGGACGCGUGGACCACACGGUGGGCUGGCCGCUGGACAGACACACGUAUGGAGGCUCCUUCCUCUACCACCUGAAUGAGGGCGAACCCCUCGUGGCCCUGGGCUUUGUGGUCGGCCUGGACUAUCAGAACCCCUACCUGAGUCCCUUCCGGGAGUUCCAGAGGUGGAAGCACCACCCCAGCAUCGCACCCACCCUGGAGGGUGGCAAGAGGAUCGCCUACGGGGCCCGGGCGCUCAAUGAGGGCGGCCUGCAGUCCAUUCCAAAGCUCACCUUUCCCGGCGGCUUACUCAUUGGCUGCAGCCCUGGUUUUAUGAAUGUUCCCAAGAUCAAAGGGACCCACACGGCGAUGAAAAGUGGGAGUUUGGCGGCAGAAUCAAUAUUUAAUCAACUGACUAAUGAAAAUCUCCAGUCACAGACAGCAGGACUCCAUGUAACAGAGUAUGAGGAGAACCUAAAGAAGUCUUGGGUGUGGAAAGAGCUAUAUUCUGUUAGAAAUAUAAGGCCAUCCUGCCAUGGAAUCCUGGGUGUAUAUGGAGGGAUGAUUUACACGGGAAUAUUCUACUGGAUCCUGAGAGGAACAGAGCCAUGGACUCUAAAACAUAAGGGUUCUGACUCCGACCAGCUCAGACCAGCCAAGGACUGCACGCCCAUCGAGUAUCCCAAGCCCGAUGGCAAGAUCAGUUUUGACCUCCUGUCGUCAGUGGCCCUGAGCGGCACCAACCAUGAGCAUGACCAGCCGGCGCACCUGACGCUGCAGGAUGACAGCGUGCCCGUCCGCAGGAAUCUGUCCGUGUACGACGGGCCCGAGCAGCGCUUCUGCCCGGCGGGAGUUUAUGAGUUUGUACCCUUGGAACAAGGUGAUGGAUUUCGGCUACAGAUAAAUGCCCAGAACUGCGUGCACUGUAAAACCUGUGACAUCAAGGAUCCAAGUCAGAACAUUAACUGGGUGGUGCCUGAGGGUGGAGGAGGACCCGCCUACAACGGAAUGUAAAGUGUGGCUGGUUUCGUGGAAUACACAGUUCAGAAUAGAUUCUUCAAGUGCAGAUGUGUGGCAAACUACUUUUACAUUGUCAGCCAGGUGUGGUGGUGCACACCUGUAAUCCCAGCACUUAAAAGGCUGAGGCAGGCAGAUCACAGUGAGUUCAAGGCCAGCCUGAAUUACAUAGCAAGACCCUGUCUCAAAAAAACCAAACCAAAAAAAUAUUAUGUCUUCAUGAAGUAUCAGUAAAAUAUUUUACUUUUAUUGGUACCGGGGAUUGAACUCAUGACUCAUGACCACCGGGGUUGGACUCAUGACCACUUGCAAGGCAGGUGCUUAUGCCAACUGAGCUAAAUCCCUAGCCCCAGGAAAAUAUUUUAUAUAAUAUCUAACAUUAUCCUGUGAAAAUUACAAAUUAUUUCUCUUAAAUAAAGCUGUAUGAAGCAUCUUA